UGAUACGACGAAAGAUUCGAGCUUCUUCUCGAAUAGAAGCCAGACGCCCUUCGUGUCGCGCACGGUCCCCUCUGACGAUGUCGUCGUAGUAUUUGCCAGUUUUCCCGGAUAGUGCCACGAAUAGCGUCACGUUUGUCGUAACCUCGAUACGUUUGUCGGGGCAGAGUGGCAGGCAUCGGCAAACAUAUGGUGCCGCCUUGUUUUCAAACUUCAGUCCCGCACGUUAUGAGCUGGCUGCCCCGUUUGGAUCGCCCCGAGAGCGAAAACCGGGGGGAGGAAAAAUGAUUGGGAAACAAACGACACCUUUCUGGAGCAGCGCUCGUAAUUGCAAAUUAAAAAGAAGAGGCUGGCCUUCGCCAGUUUUGUCUCCGCGUUUUCUUUCCUUUGAAAGACGGGCAAACUGGGAUAGAAAACGUAGAAACGAAGGGAGAAGGAAGGAACGCGCGAAGAGAAGAAAAGAAAGGUGGCGGGAGGGGGCGGGGUGGUGGUGAAUCAAAGCGAGAAUGGGUCAGAGAGAGAGAGAGAGAGAGAGAGAGAGAGGGGUUCGGGAGCGAUACAGCUGGGGUGUGAGGAAGGAGAGGGUGAAGGGACGGGGUGUAUCGAAGGGUGAAGUUGCGCGGAAUGGAAAGCGGAUAAAAGAGACAGGAGCGAAGCGAUGCGCGCAGGCGUGAAACGAACGCGGUGAAUGCUCGGCAUCCGCGUGGCGCGAGUUAGAAGUUGGCUUCGCACUUUUAGUCUCGGCUCGCGCCCCUCGUCUCGUUCAUCCUCGUUCAUCCUCGUUCAUCCGUCUUCGUAGAGGAACGAAGGGGCGAGGAACAGAAGAGUCGCCGCCGAGGAAUCGAGUCCCGUCUUGGCCGAGCUUCCGAGUCGUCGUCGAGUUCCGGAAGGCAAGGGGGAAAGAAAAGAAAAGAAGAGGAAAGGAAGAAGACGUCGCACGAUGGAGCGUGUCGAUGUUCCAAUUGGUAUUGGCCGUCCUCGUGGUUCGAUGUUUGGCACGAGACGCGUCCUUUCGUAGCAUCGGUGGAGCACUUUUCGAUGGAAAGCGCCCCCGGAACGAGAGAAAAUGUCAGAGAAGUGUGCGAAGAUCGGCGAGCCGCAGGUACAACGAGCGGGAAACGACGGUAACUUCGAGGAAAAGAUAGGGAGGAAGAAAAGUACCGCGCAACGACGAUGGCGUAUCCUUGCCAAGGCGUUGAUCGGCCCGCAGGAACCGAUCUCGAUGGACACGGAAGACGAGAUCUCGGUUCGCCGUUUCACCAGUUUCAAUUUGUUGAGAGUCGACCGCGUAGAGAGCAACACCGCGGACCCGGACGCCGCGGCUUGGUACGAAUAUUCGAUCGUCUUAGACAAUAAGCUGUUCACCGUGGAGAUCCGUCGAUUGAAGAAGAAUUUCACGGCGAACGAGCUGAUCGGUUUCAACAAUACCGGCAACAUCUGCGUCUGGCCGUCAGAGGAAUGUUUGGCUUAUUAUUUGUUGAAAAACCGGCAGCUGUGUCGGAACCGAAGGGUCCUUGAACUUGGUGGCGGUAUGAGCUGUUUGGCAGGGAUGAUGGUCGCCAAGUACUGCGACCCGAAGGAAAUCGCGCUGACAGAUGGCAACGUGACCAGCGUGAGUAAUGUACGACGAAUCAUAGCUAGAAACGGCAUGACCGAUUUCGUGGAUUGCGGCGUGGUUCAGUGGGCCAAAGCGGCCAGGGCGAUCAGAGCAGCUAGAUCGGUCAGGAUGUUCGUACACCCGCACCCCAACGGCCUUCGGAUCAAGAGCUGGACUGGCGGCGCCAAGGACGUUGCGAAAUUUGCUGAAAAGCUAUACGAUGUGAUCCUGUGCGCGGACUGUCUCUUCUUCGACGAGGCUCGGUCAGACUUGGUGGAAACGAUCUACGGCUGGCUGGCGAACGACGGCCUCGCCUUGGUGAUGGCGCCAAAACGAGGAUCGACAUUUGAGCAAUUCACCGAGGCGGUGGUGAAACGAGGUUUCGUCGCGCGGCGAAUAGACCGUUACGACGGGACGAUUUGGUCGAGGCAUCUGGAGUUGUUGGAGCACAGCCAGGAGUAUUGUCCAGAUCUCCAUUAUCCGAUCCUUCUGGAGCUGACCAAGCAAAAGAAAACGUCGCCCGGAUGAUACGACCGUGUCGAUCGUUGUGCAGCUCGCCAACGAGUUCGCCAUCCAGAUCCAGAUUCAGAAAGUUCCUCCCUCCACCCUCUUUUUACCACGAUUCAGGGCCAUUCCCUUGUUCCAUUCCGUUACUAGCUCUCCCUCCCACUAGCUUAGCUCUUUCGUCCACGGAUUUUUACCUCGUUUCCCUUCGCUUGUGUUUCUCAAACGCGAUCCGAUUUUUCGAACAUCUGCAAGUAGCUAGCAAUCUAUGGACUACUACGUUCACAUGAAAUCGUACGAUCGAGCAUAAUCGAGAAUCAAUCGUCGGAUCGUUCGAAAAACGAUUAAACGCUAAAUUUGUAUUUCUACUAGUGAUCGAUAGCCACCGGUUGAUGAUUGUUUCUUUUUUUUUUCUUUUCCUUUUUUUCGUUAUACGACACGCGUUACCCGAACGAAUUGUAAACGAUAGUAUUUCAAGUACCUGAUGUUAGAUUGAUAGAUGUGAAAAAUGGCAAUCACGAUCCUCGUAACUGCAGCCUGACGGUUUUAUCGUUCCGAAAAUAGAAAAGAAAUUGGCAUUCGCGUGCGUCUAGCGUGCAUUAUAGGGAUCGUCACGCUUGUGAAGGAAAUGUUAAGAAAGGCUAAGGUAAAGGCGACGUCGUACAUACAUGUACACAAGGUUGUUUAUAACUGCUGGUACAAUUGGGUACAAAGGACGAUUCUACGAGGAAAUAACAGCUCGUAAAAAGGAAUUUAUUCAUUUGGUAUUUCGUUUUCGAGAGAAUCAAUUUGUCAGGUGUAUACUUGAAUUUGGAUAAUUGCAGGCAGAAAUGGAUAAUCAAUAUUCUAAAUUCUCCUUGUAACUUACAACCGAGUCGUUUAAUGCUGUAACUGAAACAAAUAAAUUUCUAGAUAUUGGAGAAUGAGAUGAAAGUUCUGUAAAAUGACUAUAAUUGCACAGAUUACAACGAAGAUUAAUAUUUCGGAACGUUCAAAAUAUUUUUCCAUUUUUCCAUUAGUUCGAUUAAUAGUACACGUGUACUCCGAAUUUAACUUUCUAAACUAUAUUCUAUCUUGUAUUUUUCACUUAUUUUCGCAAUUAUUUACACCUAUCCAGCUAGCCAAACAUAAUUAACCAAAUUCAAACAUACGUGACAAAUUUUCAAGCUCGAGUUUCUCCAGGACCCGAUAAAUAAAAUUUUGUCCUUCCUCUUUUACUUGUUUCUUCGUAUCGAAUCGAUACACAAUUGUGUUAUCAGUCGUGCGUGUAUAGUAUAUCCAAUAACUAUUAUUUCGUUCCUCCUCUCGUUAAACUUUAAGAAAUCAAUUCUUCCUGAAAAUGGCACGUAGUGUCGGAGUACGCAACGGAUCGAUCUUUGAAGAGACCUCGAAUUUUGUUUCAUGCUGCGAUGACGAAUAAGCGUGACGAAUAAAUUGAGGCUAACGACCAACGUCAAUCGUGAAUGCUUUUCAUCGUUUAUACAUAACAUCCGAAUUUCGAUCUAGCUUUCAAUCGAGGGUCCAAAGCGCGUUGAUAGAAAACAAAAAUCGCUAGUACACGAUCCUUCCACGUGACAAAGACGAAAGAACCAUGUUUUACACGGAACCAUGUAUGUAUAGUGAAUUCGUAUAUAGUACGUAUAUUGUUGCGCGUUUCGGCACUUAAAAUCGUAUUUUUUUAAAAAUAAACGAUUCGAAAGCAAACGAACUUUCAGAUUGAUCCGAUCGAGUGAUAUACGUGUGUACAAUGAUACGCGAAAAUAUUCGUCUUCUGAAAGUGAACGUCAUAUCUGUAUUGUGUGAAACAUUUUGAAAAUUUCGAUUAACACUGUCACGAUAACCGAUCAUUAUGAUUAUAUUGGUUAUUAUUUUCUGUUAUUAUUUUAAUAUUAUAAUUAUAUUAAAUUUCCAACGAUUCUGCAAACAUACACAAAAAUUACAACAUGUUUACUAUCGUGCAUAAAUAAUAGGGCACAUAUAGUAUAAUUCUAACAAAGUUGACACUUUUGUCUUGUUAAGAUUAACCAACAUUCCUCCUACCAUUAGUUUUCUAUAAUUUUACUAUAACUGAUAAUGAGAUCAAAUACUCUGCUAAAUUUCAUCCAAAAGAAAGAAUAUUACAUACCUGUUCCACAGAAGUUCUAUAGUCAUUUCUAACAAAUAACUAACACUCCAUAAAAUUUACAGAAAACUUUCUCAACGUGAUUAAAGACAUUUCAAUCUUUCUAAUAUCACACACAUUGUAUAUCACACGUACUUAAAGUUAAUUAAGUUUUAAUUAUUACUUUUUUAUUUAUAGUACUUGCUAUUGAUUGUUUUAUUCAUUUGAAUUGCAUUUUAUAUACAUAUUUGCAAUACUUACACGAUAUACUGCAGAAUGUAGAAAUCAUAAAAGUAAAUAGCCAUAAUUCUUACAUGAAUAAAUCUCAAUAUUCAGUGGAGAUACUCGUUAACAUGGCUAAUCAUCCUGCAUAGUAAUCUUUGACAAAAUAUAUCUCAUGUGUACAACUCUUCUGUACAUUUCCAGAUUGGCUCCAAAUUUUACUAAUAUAAUCAUGACACUUGUGCCUCGUUGACAGUGUCAAUAAAAUGUCAAAAUGUUUCAUUGAACAGUAUAUGAUAAGUGUAUGAAUACAUUUGUGUUGUCACUGUAUAUAAAUGUCAGUUCAAACCACGCGAUUCGUACUUAUAUCAAUAUACGCGUGGAUAUUUAUUCGUUUAUACGUUUAUAUACUUCCUUGUUUGUCUGUUUGUUUGUUCAUCUUUUUAUUUUAUUUAUUCGUUGGUUUCCUUUCGUUAUGUUACUCGAAUGAAGAUCCCUUUGAAAUGUAGCACAAUCCUCUUCUUUCCUCUCUCUUUCCCUUUCUUCGCCCUUCUUCUAUUUUUCAUUUUCAUUAUAAACCAAAUUACUAGUUGAAAAAUUACCACGAAGGACCAAUCUAGUUCAACAUAGUGGAAACUACCUUUCCAUUGUUACGUGUCUAUCCUUACGUAUCCUUACGGAGAUAACAAAUAUUUGCACGUUUACGUACGUGCGUAUGCGUGUGAGAGACAUGUAAGGAAAUAUAUCGCAAAUAAAAUAUUUUCACU